UUACCGACGCGUCAAAUAUGGAGGUCUCUUUGCAUAUAAAGAAAGAGGGGGAAGUGGAUGCCGUCGAGAAUUGUGUGCGCGCUCGGCUCGCCCCAAAAUCCCCAGUUCGCGAAGGUCAGUGUCCGUUUUUUCUCUCUAAAUUUCGCCAAUUUCGUAGUUCGCUUGGAUCAAUUCAUCAUAUAAUAAACCGCCCUAGAGAACAGGGGACAGAGUGGGGAAAUCUCAUUUGCCACCCAGUUGAAUCCGGUCGCAGGUUGCAAUCUUUCGGGUGAAUCCUAGAAUUCAUCCCCGAUUUGAGUUCAUUUUCCUCAAUAAAUCCCUCUCCGUGGGCGAUCUCGAUGAUCAAUGGAGAGGGGAUGCAGAAGGAUCGGUGGGGAGAGGAUCCGUUCGAUGAAUUCUUUCCCGGGAGGGGAAAUGAUUCCGGUGACGAGGACGGUGCCCCGUCCAAUUACUCCUCCUGCGAGGGAUCCGAUCUCGAGAGGUACUGCAGCGCGAACUCGGCUUUGGGAAGCGCCAGCCUCUGCAGUUCGGUCGGGAAUUACAGUGAUUUGUUAGAUUCUUUCAAGAACCUUAAUAGCUUUGGAGAAGAUCUCUUCUCCGAUGGCUGCGGCGGCGCAAGAGACAAACUUCAUAGCAGUCGUUGGAACGGGGAUCCAGCCACCUCUGAUGGUGAUGGAGACGAUUGUUUAUCGAAUAAAAAGGCUUUCUCUCCUCAUUUGUUUUUAUCUUCAUCCAAAAUGUUGGUGUCUUCCGAGGGCAUGCAUGCGGAUUACGAUGGAGCUUCAACUAGUGGGAGUAGGUCCAAUCAAUCGCCGGCUGCUGCGCAAGAUUUGCCAUGCUCUGCUGGGGAUCGUUCAGCUCAAGAAUCUCUCGCUGUGGAGGGCAAUGGUAGAAAUUAUGGUCAAUUAGCUUCUGAUAAUCCUAUUCGAAGAGGGAUGAUGGGGGAAGCUGAUGAGGAUGCCUCGUCAAUAUGUGAGCAUUCGGGCGGUGAGGAUUCGAUGCUUGACUCUGGCACGGAUGAUGAGGGUAGCGGUAGGAUUCUUCUUCAUGCUAAGCACAGUUCGUAUCAUGCUAAAGAAACCAAGGAUAAUAAUGAGAACCCACUUGUCAUGAACUCAUCGGUGGCAUUUGGUUCCGAUGAUUGGGAUGAAUUUAUGCAAGAAACUGGGGAUGAUGGCUUAACAUCUCUGUCUUUCUGUGGUGAUCAACCUACUUGGCGGCAACUGGAACCUUCAGAAACUGAAGGGAACAUUUCAUUAUUGGCUAAGAAUCAUGUCAUUGAUCCCUUGUGCGAUGGCAUAGAGCAAGAAGAGGGUGUGAGUGAUUUACCAGCAGCCAGCUUUCAAGUUCAGGUUGCCGAUAAGUCUAACAAGAAUGAAGGGACUUGUUUGGUAGGUAACCCUUCGAGUGAUUGUAAAGUGUCAAAUUCAGAGAAGCUUCUUUCAGAAGAAUACUUUACAGAAGGUGCGAUCAAUCUUAUUUAUGAUGGUGGUAAAGGAGAAAUCAAUUCCUUACAUAGUAAGGUGGCUGCUGUUGUUGAUUCUGAUGGAACUCCUGGAGAACAGGUAUUUGGGGAAUCAGUUCCUCUUGGUGAUGGUACUGGCAUACAGUUUUCUGGCACUGUGAGUGGAGAAUUUCAAGACAAAGAGAGCAGGAUCCCAGCAGAUAAAGCAUUUUCUUUCCUGCCGACGGUCAUCGCCGGUCACGACUCUGGCAUCCUUGAAACUUUAAAUGGAAAAUCAAAUUCAGUUGACAUGGUUGAAGAGGAUCUUAUACUGGAUGAGGUCAAGAACCCGGAUACAAAUGAUUCAUUUGAUGAAAUGGUUCUUGACAUGGAGGAGAUUCUACUAGAUUCAGGGAGCUCUCAUCGAAGCAAGUUCACAUUGCCUAACCGUGGGCAUAUAGCGCAGCAGUCUCAUCACUUCAGAGAUGGUAGUUCAACUGCUUCUACUUCUGGAACAGAUGAUACAUAUCCAAUUAUCCAGUACCCUUCCAAAAUUGACUGGGUGGAAGUUGUGGGGGCAAAACAAAAGAAGGGAGAUGUUUCUUUUGGGGAAAGAUUGGUUGGAGUCAAGGAAUAUACUGUAUAUAUAUUGAGAGUGUGGAGUGGUAAAGAUCAAUGGGAGGUCGAGCGCCGGUACCGUGAUUUCGAUGCUCUUUAUCAGCAGCUGAGGAUUCUUUUUAUUGAAAGUGGUUUAGCUCUUCCUUCUUCAUGGUCCAGUGUUGAGCGAGAGUCCAGAAAAAUCUUUGGGAAUGCAUCUCCAAAUGUUGUCAGUGAGAGAAGUAUGCUUAUUCAAGAUUGUCUGCGCUCCAUUCUUAACUCAAGAUACCCUUUUGGAACUCCUAGCCCUCUGGUUUGCUUUCUCUCGCCAGGUAAAGCUGUUCAUAGUCCUAGCUUGUUAAAAGCUCUCGUUCCUCGUUCUCUGCAGAAGCUUAGGGAGGAUUGGAAUUUAAAAGUUUCAAAUUGUGGGAAGACUGGUCUAGAAGAUGUUUUAACGUUAGGUAAGACUAUAUCACUUGUGGUUGAGAUAAAACCUCGGAAAUCUACGAGACAGUUGCUGGAAUCACAACAUUAUACAUGUGCGGGAUGUCACAUACGGUUGGAUGCUGGAAAAACCUUGUUAGGUGAACUUGUGCAGACACUAGGAUGGAAAAAACCUCGGUUUUGUGAGUAUACAGGUCAGUUGUUUUGUGCUUCAUGCCAUACAAAUGAUACUGCAGUUCUGCCAGCAAGAGUCUUAAAUCUCUGGGAUUUUUCCUUAUAUCCUGUUUCUCAGUUAGCUAAAGCAUAUUUGGAGUCUAUCUAUGAUCAGCCCAUGCUCUGUGUGAGCGCAGUCAAUCCUUUUCUUUUCUCCAAGGUGCCGGCUUUGCUUCACAUUAUGAGUAUCAGAAAGAAAAUAGGAGCUAUGCUUCCAUAUGUUCGUUGUCCAUUUCGGAAGUCCAUUCAAAGAGGCCUUGGAUGUCGUCGGCAUCUUCUAGAAGGCAAUGAUUUUUUUGCACUUCGAGACCUUGUUGAUCUCUCAAAAGGGGCAUUUGCAGCACUUCCCAUCAUGGUCGAAACCAUUUCUAAUGGAAUCCUCGAGCACAUUUCGCAGCAGUGCCUUAUGUGUUAUGAUGCUGGUGUUCCUUGUGCUGCCCGACAAGCCUGUGAUGACCCCUCAUCCCUCAUUUUUCCCUUUCAGGAAGCUGAUGCUGCAAGAUGUGGUUCAUGUGGGUCCCUUUUUCAUGAACCUUGCUUUCGAAAGCUCAUGGGCUGCCCAUGUGGCAAGCCAACCAGUACACAUGGGAAAGAGCUUCUUUCCGAAGAUGUCUCGCAUGGAGCUGGCAAAGAGCUCGAGGGAGAUAUAAAUCAAUUUUUCCAGCCUUCUAGUUCCAAUUCAGUGUCAGGUUUUCUCUCUGAUAUUCUUUCCAAGGCAAGGCCGGACAAAAUAUGGAAGCCCAGGAGUAGCAGCCCGGUGAUUCUCAUGGGUUCCUUACCAAGCACUUCUCUGUAAUUUCUGUGGUGGAAAUGUAUAUUUACAGCUUCGAGUGGACGGAGAUUUCAGUUUAUUUGUUCCAAACGUGCCAAUUGGGUGUAUCAACGGUACAACAUUGCUUCAGUGAGUUGAAGGGCAAAAUUAAUCUUUGGCUAUUCUUUGUAGCAGAUUAACUACAUAAUCAUACAAGUCAUGCAAAAUUUUUGGUUU